AUGAAGUGGCUCGCGUUAGCGGGCGGCGUCGGCGGCGCAAAACUCGCCCUCGGCCUGUCGAAAACCCUCCCGCCCUCGCAGCUCACCAUCGUCGUGAACACAGGCGACGACGAGGUGUUCCACGGCCUGCAUGUAUCCCCCGAUGUGGACACGGUGAUGUACACGCUCGCUGGGUUGUCUAACCCUGAAACCGGCUGGGGCAUCACGGGCGAGACCUUUCAGGCGUUGGGGAGGCUGAAGGAAUACGGCGCGGAUGCGUGGUUCAACCUCGGCGACAAGGACCUUGCGACACACAUCCGCAGGACAGACCUUCUGCGCCAAGGCUGUUCUCUGUCCGAAGUCACUCAGUCGCUGCGAAGCGCGCUGGGCGUGGAGCAUCCCAUAGUCCCGAUGAGUGACGACCCCGUUCGCACUAUGCUGUCAACUGACAUCGGCGAACUGGCGAUGCAGACAUGGUUCGUGAAGCAUCGCUGCGAGCCUGCCGUGAGCGAGAUUCGCUUUGCUGGCGCGGAACAUGCACAGCCCGCGCCGGAGUUCGAGCGCGCCCUGAGCGAGAGCGAUGCGCUCGUUUUCUGCCCGUCGAACCCCUUCGUCAGCGUCGCUCCCAUACUGGCAGUCCCCGGUGUGCGUGAUGCUAUCGAAGGCUUCAAUGGCCUGCGUCUCGCGGUCAGCCCCAUCGUAGGCGGACAGGCAAUCAAGGGCCCCGCCGCCAAGAUGAUGGGCGAGCUUGGUAUUGAAUCUUCCUGCGUGGGCGUAGCGAAGCAGUACCAGGGCUUGUGCGAUGUGUUCGUGCUGGAUGAUGUGGACGGCGACAGGGCAGGGGACAUCGAGGCUUUGGGCAUGCGCGCUGCCGUAACGAACACGAUGAUGAUAACCGACGCCGACAAGGUGCGACUUGCCGAGUAUAUUUGCGAGUUGGCGGCAUGA